AUGGACUCAUUCAUGCUACAGGACGACGGUGUCCGCGAUCGUGUCCGCCAGGCCGAGGAAUUCCUGGACCCAAGCGACUCGCACGUCCGCAGCUACAGAUCAGACAUCAUUAUGAUGCUCCAGAAGAACCAUCGUCGCCUGAUUGUCAACCUUGACCAUGUUCGCGACCACAGCGGCAACCUGGCAAGCGGUCUUCUCCACCAGCCAUUUGAGUGGUCGCUCGCCUUCAACCACGCCCUGAAGAAGAUUGUUGAGACAAUACCCCAGGCUCGGCCAGAUCAGACAGCCCGGGACACCAUUUUCUACUGCGCCUGGGCGGGCAGCUUUGGUCUCAACGCCUGUACCCCCCGGACGCUCUCGUCCCACCACCUCAAUCACAUGGUGUCUAUUGAGGGUAUUGUUACCAGAUGCUCUCUUAUCCGGCCCAAGGUUGUCCGGAGCGUACACUACAACGAGAUCAAGGACAAGUUUCAUUUUCGGGAGUAUCAAGAUCAGACCAUGACGAACGGGGUGACCACAUCCAGCGUAUAUCCCCGAGAAGACGACGAAGGCAACCCUCUCACCACCGAAUAUGGCUUCUGUACAUACCGCGAUCACCAGACAAUCUCCAUCCAGGAGAUGCCCGAGCGAGCCCCGGCUGGCCAACUCCCUCGCGGUGUGGAUGUCAUUCUGGAUGACGAUCUAGUCGAUCGUGUCAAGCCGGGCGACAGGGUUCAGCUGGUUGGCAUUUAUCGCACUUUGGGCAAUCGCAACACCAACCACAACAGCGCGCUAUUCAAGACCAUCAUUCUGGCCAACAACAUUGCGCAGCUUUCAUCCAAAUCCGGAGGAGAAGCUGUGACUGCAACCAUCACCGAUACCGAUCUGCGCAAUAUCAACAGGGUCGCAAAAAGGAAGAAUCUCCUAGAGCUACUCUCGCAGUCCCUCGCACCAAGCAUAUACGGUCAUGAUUACAUCAAGAAGGCAAUACUUCUCAUGCUUCUUGGAGGCGUAGAGAAGAAUCUCGAAAACGGGACCCACCUGCGUGGCGACAUCAACAUCCUCAUGGUCGGCGAUCCUUCUACGGCAAAGUCACAACUGCUGCGAUUCGUUCUUAACACAGCACCCUUGGCUAUCGCCACAACAGGCCGUGGGUCUUCUGGUGUUGGGUUGACUGCCGCUGUCACCUCGGACAAGGAAACUGGGGAGAGAAGACUCGAAGCCGGGGCCAUGGUUAUGGCAGACCGGGGCGUCGUAUGCAUCGACGAAUUCGACAAGAUGUCAGAUGUGGACAGGGUCGCUAUCCACGAAGUCAUGGAACAGCAGACCGUCACUAUCGCCAAGGCGGGAAUUCACACCUCCCUCAACGCUCGGUGUUCCGUCGUCGCCGCUGCAAAUCCCAUCUUCGGUCAAUACGACCCGCACAAGGAUCCGCACAAGAACAUUGCGCUUCCCGACUCGCUCCUUUCCCGAUUCGACCUCCUCUUCGUGGUCACAGAUGAUAUCGAGGACACCAGAGACCGGCAAGUCUCUGAACACGUGCUACGCAUGCAUCGGUACCGCCAGGCUGGCAGUGAAGAGGGGGUGCCUGUCCGUGAGCAGGCGACUCAGUUUUUAGGCGUGUCUGCCGAUAACCACCCCGGGCCUCAACGACCUACCGAAGUGUAUGAGAAGUACGAUGCCAUGCUCCAUGCAGGCGUGAAUAUCCGAACAUCUGGUCGAGGCUCGAGCAAAAAGCCCGAGAUCUUGAGCAUACCCUUCAUGAAGAAGUAUAUCCAGUACGCGAAGACGCGAAUCAAGCCUGUCCUCACCCAGGAUGCUUCGGACCGCAUCGCCGAUAUCUAUGUUGGCCUGCGCAACGAUGAAAUGGAGGGUAAUCAGAGAAGGACCAGCCCACUGACCGUCCGAACAUUGGAGACUAUAAUCCGUCUCGCAACGGCGCACGCCAAGGCGCGACUGUGUAAUAGAGUCGAAGAGCAGGAUGCGGUCGCCGCCGAGUCCAUUUUGCGAUUUGCACUCUUCAAGGAAGUUUAUGAAGACAAGUCGCGCAAGAAGCGUAGAAGAACGCACGUGACCGACUUUGCUUCCUCGAGUGAGGAGAGCUCGGGCGACGGCGAUGCGGGCGACGGCGAUGCUGAUCGUACCUAUCGCGGCAGCCGGUUGGCGCGAGGGGCCUCUCCGCUGGCUACACGCUCGCAGAACGGGACCUGUUCCUCUGUCGGGAGGCCCAGUGUGGUUCAAGCGACCACCAGUGGAGGAGUCGAAGAUGGACAAGGCAGCAACAGCCUUGAAACGCCUCGUCGAUCCGGGCGGAACGAUCGAUCCGGACCCGAGCCCCAGACCCAGAUUUCGUUUGCCUCCUCCAUACCUGCGUCUCAGUUGUCUUCGCAAACACGAGACGAUGGCGAGGUUGAACAGGAUUUGAGCAGUGGCACAGCCCGCCUAGCCCGCCUAGCCCUCAACAAUGCUCCUGUCGAUCCCCAGCGAUUCACGGCUUUCAAGACUGCCCUGGGGCAGCUCCUCGAGACCGCCCUCUUUAAGGACGACUGCGCUACGUUUGAAGAUGUAUUUGUCGCCGUCAAUCGCAAGAUCACGGAUCGCGAUGGUCCUCUCUUCAGCAGAGACGAUGCGAAAAAGGCACUCAAAGAAAUGGAAGAUAUGAACCACAUCAUGUUCGCCGAGCUCGCCGAGGGUCAGAUGAUUUACAAGAUAUAA